UGGAAACAUUCCUCCAGUUGGCGCCGCUGCGGCCACACGGUUUGUGCAGCCAUGGCUGCGGCAGCGGCCCUGUGCGCCCGGCUGGUGGCCGGGCAGCUGCUGCUGCUGCUGCUGCUGCACGCCGUCGCGGCUGCUGGUUCCGCCGAGACCGAGCAGCCCUCGCUGCUGGCGUCGCAGAAGCACCGGUUUGUUCUGCCAGUCGGCCGCGCCGCCUCCGCCGACAACCAGAGCGGCGACGUGCUCAACCUAUACGAUAAUGUGUCCCGCCUGAUACACGAAGAGCAGGACGCCAAGGUCAGGGCCGCCCUACGCGAUUCCUUGCAAGCGGCCAUGCGUGAGAACAUCGAGAACCUCGUGGCGCCCGGCAAAGACGUCCAGAGGCGUGCCAAGGUGCGCCAACUCGGGUUCGGCUCGGUCUGGGACGGCUUAUACGUCGCCCAGCGCUAUGUCCUGGUCGGCAUCAUCGCCGUCGUCGUCACCGUGUCGCUAGUCGUGCUCGUGUACUGGUUCGUCGCGCACGUCAUCAGGGGUGCCAUGCGACGCAGCCCGUCCAGCAUCGGCCUCACCGAGCUGGAGGACCUCGACGUCUAUUCGACCGACGACGACGGCUCUUCGGCCGGUCGCUACAACCGAGCCAGGAAAAUCGCCCUUGCUCCGCGAAAUGCGCUCCUCGGCUACAGGCCAGUGCCGUGAUCGAAACCGAGCAGUGGCCAAUGUUCGUGAACUGGGUUACUGCGUUCGUCGUGAAAGAGGUCCCGACGCGAGAUAACCGCGCCAGUUGGGUUGUCGGCAUUGUUUGUCAACCGUUACUCGUGAGACGCCAGUUGUUUUAUGCAUCAAACGUCCCGCAGCCGCUAAGCAUUAAAUUUGUGAGCGGUUC